AUGCUGCCGAAUAACGAGGUUCGUGUGCCUCCGCCGCGGGCGGUUGCGCAGUCCGCUACGCCACGCGAUAUCACUGCCGAAUUUACAGAGGCCGCAUCGAGUAAAGUUGGCCCCAUUCCCAUGCUCUGUCCUCGUGUUCUAACAGUGCUUUCUCUCACAGAACUACGGACUGGCCAGCUCGUCAAGGAUGAAUCGUUCACACUGUUUGAGGCGGUGGGCGCAUUGGAGAUCAUGGAUUCUAAGAUGGAUAGCGGCUACAUAGCACCCGGAGAGAACCAUGCGCAAGCACUGGAAGACGACUACGACGUGCGACGGGACCUAACACCGGAGGAAGUGGUGGGGUUGAUGGACCAGCUGCUCUGCCAUGAGAUGGCAUGGCAUAUGGGCCACCCUCUUUCCCAGACGCUCUUUACGUCUAUCUAUAUUGACAAGCUAUUGUGGCCGGUGCCGAGGACAAUGGGGGAUGCCCGGUUCGAUCGUGUGCCCAGCGAAAACCCUCUGAUCGGCCUUGUGCUCCGUGCCUAUUGCCUCGCACUGGUCAAAGCAUGCGACUUUGUCCACGCCCGUGUGGCCUCCGAAUACUUCUACGAGGAAGAAGACUUCGUCACGCAACUAUACAACCGGAACCUCUUGUCCUCUUUUGACUCUUCUCAUUUCUAUCGCCUGCUGGAUCAGGCGGUCGAAUGGGUCGAUGACCAGGAGCAUAUAGACCAAAGACUUCGAGAUGCGAUUCAGAGCAGACUUCUCCUGCGGCGGGAAUUCUUGGCUUCUGUAGAUCAGGAUCUCGAGAUUUUGGAUACUAGAUCGACGGAUAGCUUCGCAACGUGUCUGACCCACUUGAAAACUUUGACUGAAACCGUGUCUUGCGGAAAGGCAGUGCCUGAGGCUUUCAGCCUGAAGCUUCAACGGAAGCUCGCCAGUACCGUGCCACCUCGGCCCAUCGUUCACAUCAAGCAGGAGGAUGCCCUGGCGCACAUGAAGCGGCUAUGUCAAGAUGCGAUUGAUAUGCAACAGAUGCUGGACUACCGUGGCCCAAGCAAUUUCAAGACCGCCGUGGGGACUUUGCUGUCACGAAAACCCCAGCCGUCAGUUUAUAUUCGCUCACUGCUGCAGGCCUUGAUUGUCAGCGACAUGACAAUUCUUGGAGCUGUAUCAGUCAGGGAGUUCCUCUAUGACGAUAUUGCUGAGCUGGUCUUGCCAUCAAGUAUUUUGCUUCGAGCGAAUACAGACGAGGUGGAGUUACCGUCUGAUCCUCGAUUCCGAAUCGCUCAAAUCAUGGAAGGCUUCGUGAAACGCUUUGCCCAGCCCUUUGUUGACACUGUACGCUCCACCUGCCUGAACCGUUGUCGUGUCCGACGUACCAUCUGCCAUACGGUUGUUGACUGGGAUAAUCUGCAGAUGGAGGCUGAGGAGCUCGACCUCCAACUUCAAAACCUGAGUGAAGAACCUGCGUUGCAAUUCCAGGGCGGAGAGGCUACCUUUUCCUACCCACUCAGUAGCUGGGCCUACCACCAGAAGCUAAUCCAGCUUCGCCUGAUCCUACAGAUGGGAUUCGAGCUAUCGAUAUAUGCUCCUGAAGAGCUGCCCGGCAUCUACUGGUACUUGUCACACAUCUGCUCAACCCAUCUCAGUCACCUCGAUCGCAUUCGCACCUUUACCGCGGCAGCUCGAAAGCGCGAUCUAGUGAACAACAGUGGCCAGGGAGAAAUUUCUGCGCAAAAGUCUCUUGCCUAUCACAGGUCUUUCCUCUACCUUGAGAGGUUGACAACCCAUAUCAUUGCCAUCGAUGCAUUUGCGAUCGCGCUCCACGCGCUUUAUGUACUGCUGGCUCGACACCAGAUUCUCCCGUCUGCCUCUGGCUCCGACGCCUACUCCAGCGACAAACUACGCUAUGAAAUCCGCAUGAAGCCUUUUAUCCCGAUCUCCUUGCCCGAGCUGGUACCGUAUGAGGAGUACCAUCGUGAGGCUACCUUGGAAGGGGACACGGACGCCACCAUCCUGGACCGUGCAUCCAAGGCCAUCACCAAAGCCCGGAAGGCCUGGGAGGCGACCCUCGCCAAUGGUGCCUUUCUCGAGGAUAUCUCGUCGCCCACAAAAGAGCCUUCGAUCGCCAUCGAGGAGGAUUGGCGCCGUGAUAUUAUGGAUACCAUGCGGUCCUGUAUCGGGGCCAGCAUUGCUAUUGAGACCAUGAAGAAGGCACUCCUCGGUGACUCUCCACCUUCCGAGAAGAAUCCAAUAAAUUUUCAGGUGGUGAUCCCCGAGAUUGGCUCCAAGACACAGUGGCACGACUGGUGGAUCGUGCCGCAGAUCUCGGAGAAAAAAGCGGCCAAGACAGCCACC